AUGAACGUUUUUAGAGCCUGGGACGACUACAUUAAAGACUUCACGAAUGUUGCACGUGAAGUCACCCGAAAGAGGAGCGAGAAGUUCAUUCCCAUCAAGAUAAACCCGGCCCACGCAAAACUGGUCGAGAGAGCACGCUAUCUCAGGGAUUGGAGAAGGCAACAUGAGCAAUUAGCCGUUAGCACUGCCCCCACAAAAGGAUUGGGUCUGAGUGGUGCUGGUAGCAUAGCUGGGGCUGGAAUAGGGAACGAGCUUGGUGGCGUGGACAUGGAAGAAGAGGUCAAAGAAGC